AUGGAUGAUGUGUCAUACUUCCUACGAUCAAGUGUUGUCGAAAAACUGGAGACCACCGAAAAAACCAAUUUAUGGCGUCCAGCCAAAGUUCAAGAACUGAGUGUUUAUGAGAUCAAUGAGGGAGACCGUGGAAGCCCUGCUUACUUCCUUUAUACGGGAGACCUACAGAACCGGAUAGGAAUAUCUGGAGGAAUACGUGUGCUGAUACAAAACAAACCGGAAAAGAAAGGUGACCGGUAUGAGGCAAUCUACAGCUUCUACUUUGGUGACUACGGUCACAUUUCAGUGCAGGGAUCUUACUUCACCUACGAGGACACGUAUCUUGCUGUGACUGGUGGGUCAGGUAAGGGGCGUACGGGUCUUAAGAAGGAUUUGCCUGAUGAGCAGCUUGGGAAGGCUGUCGAGCCUAACAAUGCAGUCGAGCCGAGCGCUGAGGCUAAGGCUUGUGAGCCAAAUGCUGUUAUUGCUAAUUAUACUGAUUAA